AUGUCAAUGCAAACAUCAUUAGAGAUGCAUGCAUGCGCGCGCUUUCACAACAGGGAUUUCAAGUGUAUCGAGGAAAUGUUUAAAUUACGAAUACAUAUAGAGAAAUACAUGAAACAGUGGCCAAGGUUAACAUUACAAAUGGAAACUGCGCGGUGCAACGCUCAUCUGUUCCUCUCUUCAAUAGUUAGUACUGCCAGCAAUAAUCCAUCUACAGCCAAUUUUAAAGUGCUAAUUGAAUAUUUUGAAAUGGAUGUUCGUAUAAUGGUAAGUAGAAUGAAAGCCUGA